GAGGAUGCAGGGGAAAGCAGGCUGCUGUCGGGCGACUCUUCUCCUCUGGCUGUACCCAGGGGUCCUGUACCUGACCAACGCAGAGUCCAGCACAUCCAGAGCGCCUGACAGUGUGGACCCACCCCUCUGCAAGCCAGGACAUUACUGUCCGGGAGGGGGCAGGGGUCCAGUGCCCUGUCCCAGGGGAACCUUUGGAGCUGGCGCCACGUCCACAUCGGCGGAGAGCUGCACCAGAUGCCCGCCUCACCAUUUCGGGCCACGGCCUGGCCUGGCUGCUUGCCUGCCGUGCGGACCCUGGGCGCAGCAACCUCUACCUGGGCAGGACAGGUGUGUGUGCCUGGGGGAGGGCCAGAGCUUCCAGGUGAGCGACGGGCAGUGCCCCUGCAUGCUGGGGUACCGGGCCGCGGGCGAGGAGGGCGCGUGUAUGCGCAGGGUGUACGAGAUCUGCAGGGACGGCCAAGCGCGCACACAGCACGGAGCCUGUCUGUCACCAGAGCAGUGGAGCCAGCACUGCAGCACGCAGGUGUGCUCGCCCCCCGGGGACCACGCGGGCUACGACGGGGCCCUGGGGCUGUGCCUGUGCGGCGCUCCGGGGGGCGGCGGCGAGUGCGCGGGCUGGUGCAGGAGCAGCUCCGCGCAGCCGCUGCAGCUGGUGUGCGACCGCCAACUCAGGCUCGUCCACCGCGACUCGGGCAGUCAGGUAAGCGUGUCGGGGGCCGCUCUGGGGACCGCCCUCAAUCGCUGGGACCCCCAGGGAGUUCUGCAGUGCCACGGUCACCUCAACUUCUCCCGCUCGGUGUACGUGGUCCACACCGAUGAACGUGGCUUCUUUGGGAUGUUGAGUCUGGUUUCUGCCGAUGUACAGAAGCUUUUACUGGAGGACAGCCAAGCCACACACACCCCUGAAAGACUGUCAGGGGCACAUGGAAACUCCACUGAACUUGGUGAUGAGGUCACAGAAGAGGACGAACCCCAUUGGUCCAGGAGACGGGGAAGCGAGGACAGGACCUCCACCCCGGCUGGCAUCCUGAACCCUACCACCUGUGUACAGAAUGGGGACAUAGUGUUGUUCAGAGUGUCCCGGGAGCAUUAUCCUCAGUAUGACAUAGAGAACCUAUACAACACCAACGCCGGCUACGACUGGGGGUCUUUCCGUCACCUGGCAGAGGAGAUGACCCAGGCCAGGACGCCCCCCGCCCUCUUCCCAGUCAUCUUCACUGAACCUGGAGUCUACACCCUCAGACUGAGCAGCAACCAGUACAAGCACAUGUAUGUGAAGGUGAUGCCGACGGGGGGGCAGUGUUAUGAAGCCGGGCCGUUCUUCCCCACUGACCCUCAUCACCUGACCAGACUCGGUGUCGUCAAGAGACGGCACCUCCUGCUGCAGCCUGAUUGGCUGGUGAUCGGGGGGCUGCUGGUGGGGGCAGUGGUCAUCCUCAGUAUGUGUAUCGCCUUUCUGAUCCUGUUUCGGGAGUACGGCUGGCCAGAGAAGGUGCCGGUCAGGCCCAGGUAUCGCGCACUGCAGCUCACAUACAGCCUGGAUGACUACUCCUCCAAGGGCUCCCAGGUCAUGGCUGUCAAGAAGCACCAUAGAAGCCUGCAGGCUGGGGGAACAGAGGGAAUAACCCAGCCAGCUGUAACACCAGAUGAGUUCUGGGACUACGAGCAGCAGGUGGACCUGGAGGCCUUCAGCACCAACACCUUCUAUGACAUCCUGCUGAAACACAGCGUGUCUGUCACCAGCCAGCUGAGCCAGCUCAGAGGAGAGGUGAAGGAGCUGUACCAGCGGGUGCUGGGGAAGGUCGGAGGACUGCGCCUCGGCCAGUGGGCCGCGGGCGGGGUCAAGAGCGAGGGGUACGAGGAGCUGCGCAGGGAGGUGGAGAAGGAGCAGGCUCGGCGGAGGGCUCUGGCUGCGCAGCUGGGGCAGCUGCUGGACAGCCAGCUGCAGAUGCUGCGGGCGGAGCUCCGGUCUCAGAAGGAGGUGCACAGGGGCUACGGAGCGCGCCUGAGGGAGGCCCUGCGCCUCCUGGAGCAGAUCUCGGGAGGAGCCUCGUCUCUACAAGGCCAGCUCUGGGACGGGCACCACCGGCAUGUGCUUCAGAGGGUGUCCGUCUUGGCAGACGAGAUGACGGACCUCGUGUCCAGGGAGUGCCAGAGACAGGGGGCAUGGGCCGUGCUCGGAGAGGGCACGGGUGCCAAGCUGCUGUGCCCGAAAAGAGGGGUGGUUCUGAGCAGAACAGAGAUCUUUGCAGCCCCGGACAGGACGGUCCGUGCUGGCGACGCCGUCCGUGUGGACCCCUGCACCGGCCUGCUCCUGCCCAGUCCGGGCGCCCGCAUGCGCCUGGCGAGCGGGCACAGCAUGCCCGUGCCGCCGGACUUCUUCCUCCACCCCCAGACGGGCAGGCUGCUGCCGGUGGCGGGGAACGUGGGCUACGACCCCGCCAGCUCCACCCUGGUCCUCACGGCGGAUUGUGGCGGAGGGGAGGCGGGUAAAUGGGACUCCCCCCUCCUGCCCUUCGUCCCGUACCCCUCGCCCCACCGCACGGGCCCUCCCGCGACCCCGCGGCUCCGGGGCCUACGGCAGGGCCAGAGGAUGGCGCUGGGGGGGCCCAUGUGCGACCCCGACACGGGCGUGGCGGUGCCCAUCCUGGCCGUGACGAUCCAGCCGCAGACCGGGCUGGUUUACCCGCUGGGGGGCUUGUACCAGUGCCCCUUCACCCGCCUGCCCCAGCCCAUCCAGAUCGGCUCGCCUUUCCUGGACCCCCACACCGGCAACCUGGUGCUCACCACGGGGGUCGGCCUCGACCCCAGCACGGGUAGGUGGAGCUCACGCUAGCAA